AAGCAAAAAGAAAUAUAAAAACAGACAAAAAAUUAACAUAAAAUUUUAGCAAAAAAAAAAUAUAUAAGAAAAAUUAAAUAAAUAUUAAUAAAAAAAAGUAGUUUUGUUUUUUUUUCAACAAAACCACACUCCCACAACUACAAUAUUAACUACAGUUUUCUUAAAAAAAAGAAGUAAAAGAAAGUGAAAGAAAAUAAGAAAAAAGUUAUUUUUUGUUAAAUUUUUUAUAAAAAAAGUAUUUUAUUAUAAAAAAAGCAAACUGCGGGCAGAAGAAUUUAAUAAAAAUUUGAAAAGAAAAAGAGAGUGAAAAGAAAAAAAUUGAAAUAUAAAACAAUUUUACCGUUAAUGAGUAAAAGAAACCUACGGGCGGCCAAUAUUGAAUAUAAAAAAUUAAAUUAUUAAUAUAAAAACAACAAAAACAACAACAUUUACAACAACAAUAACUAUUAAACAUUGUGCGCAUUUAAACCUAGAAAAGAGCAUUCUCUCACUCUCGAUAUUGUAAACAACAUUAAAAGAGCAAACAAAAUCAAAAAUAAGAUCUAAAAGAGUAAAAAACAAAUACAAAAUAAAUUGUGUUUAUGCUGUUUAAAACAGUUUUAAGAGAACUAACAGUUUUAUAGACAAACUUAAGAGAAAAGUGCCAAAUUUCUUUCGUUUUAACAAAAGCAAAAAGUGUAAAUAUUGUUAAAUUUUAUAAUAAUUUAGUAAAAAAGUGUAAAAAGAAAACUAAAAAAUAAACAUUUUUUUAAAGAGUUAAAAAAACACUCUUUUGUUGUAACAUUUUUGUAAAAAAAAAUUGUAAUUAAUUAUUAAACAACAAACAACAAAAUGGCACGUUAUCAACAACGUGUUACGACAUCAAAGAUUUUAAUAAGCGGCAUACCGCUCCAAACACGUUUCGAAGACAUCGAACCUCUUUUGAAGCCAUAUGGCAUCGUCAAACAAUGUGAGGCUGUCUCUAGUAAGGACCCACAAACUCAGACUGUUCAUAUAACAUUCGAGAAUAAUGAACAAGCUCAAAGAGCUGCUGGUGGUUUAAACGGUGUUGAAUUCGAAGGUAAUAAAUUACACGCCGAACAGCUAGAUAAAAAUCAACGUCGCACUCAACGCAAUCAACGUAAUCCAUAUCCCGGUAUGCCAGGUCCCGGUCGUCAAGCGGACUUUCCGCUACGCAUCUUAGUGCAAAGUGAAAUGGUUGGAGCCAUUAUUGGCCGCCAGGGCAGUACUAUACGCACUAUAACACAACAAAGUCGUGCUCGUGUCGAUGUACAUCGAAAGGAGAAUGUGGGUUCACUGGAAAAGGCCAUAACAAUCUAUGGCAAUCCUGAGAAUUGUACAAAUGCUUGUAAACGUAUAUUGGAGGUGAUGCAACAGGAAGCAAAUGCCACAAAUAAGGGGGAAAUUUGUUUAAAAAUUUUGGCCCAUAAUAAUUUAAUUGGCCGUAUUAUCGGCAAAAAUGGCAACACUAUUAAACGCAUUAUGCAAGAAACCGAUACUAAGAUUACCGUUAGUUCCAUUAAUGACAUUAACAGCUUUAAUUUGGAACGCAUUAUAACGGUUAAGGGCGCCAUCGAUAAUAUGUCGCGUGCCGAAAAUCAAAUUAGCUCUAAACUGCGUCAAAGCUAUGAGAAUGAUUUGCAAGCUAUGGCUCCACAAAGUGUUAUGUUCCCCGGGCUACCACCUAUGGCCAUGAUGUCCACACCGGGCAAUGGCAUGAUUUUCAAUCCUAGCAUGCCUUAUGCACCCUGCCCUGGAUUCCCACUAACGAAGACACCCGCCCCCGUAGUGCCGCCCGUCUUCCCCAAUGAUAUGCAGGAGACUACAUACCUCUAUAUACCCAAUAAUGCUGUGGGUGCUAUUAUCGGUACUAAGGGUUCGCACAUACGCAGUAUAAUGCGUUUCUCGAAUGCAUCUCUUAAGAUCGCACCUCUCGACAAUGAUAAGCCGGCGGAACAGCAGACAGAACGUAAGGUUACCAUAGUGGGUACUCCGGAGGGUCAGUGGAAGGCUCAAUAUAUGAUUUUUGAGAAAAUGCGUGAAGAAGGUUUCAUGUGCGGCACCGAUGAUGUUCGAUUGACUGUCGAAAUUUUAGUGGCCAGCUCACAGGUGGGACGUAUUAUUGGCAAGGGUGGCCAAAAUGUACGUGAAUUACAACGUGUCACUGGCAGUGUUAUCAAAUUGCCCGAACAUGCGCUGGCGCCAGCAUCGGGCGGUGAUGAAGAAACACCCGUACACAUUAUUGGACCAUUCUACAGUGUACAGUCGGCUCAAAGACGUAUUAGAGCCAUGAUGUUGUCUACAAACCCACCACCCGUUACCAAAAAACAAAAAGCUGCCAAAGAACAACAACAACAGCAACAAGUUGCUCAAACUUCUUCGGGUAGUGGGUCACAACAACAGCAACAACAACAACAGCAGCAGCAACAACAACAGCAACAAUCAUCACAACAACAACAGCAGCAGCAACAACAGCCGGGUGCGAGUACAAAUCAGUAAGAGUAGAGUGUGGGUGUAAAAGCAUUUAUUAAACUUUAAUUUUUUUAUUUUAAAAAAUUUAUUAUUAAAAAAAAAACAUAUUUUUUUCUGUUUAAAUUUAUAUAAAGAAACACAACACCCCACUGUCCCCUCCCCCCUCAAACCGUUAAGAAUAAUAAUCUUUUUAAACUAUUUUUCUUUUCUAUUAAAUUUACUCGUCAAACCUCGUUUUUAAGUAAUAAUUUUUUUUCACAUAUAAAUUUAUAUAAACAUUUUUUUCUUAAUACA